GAAUCAUGUUACUAUAUUUAUUAUAGAUCAUUACACAACCCAAUCAAUUUCUAUUUAUCAUAUAAUAAUUUUUACCGGAUCAUAGGUGAAGUGAAAUCAUGGCGGCUGCAACAGUGGGUUUCAUCGGACUAGAUGAAUCAAGCUUAGUUCUGGCAGCAAAGCUCAUUAACUCUGGCUAUUCAGUCAAAGCCCACGAGGAACUUCUUCCUUCAGUUGAUGAAUUUGUGAAGAUUGGGGGAUUAAGAUGUGCAACAGCCUCAGUGGCUGUGAAAGGUGUGGCAGCUUUGGUUUUGUUGAUAACAUAUCCUGAUCAGCUAACUAACAUAAUUUUUUCUCAGGAUGGUGCCUUAAAAGGACUAAGCAAAGAUGCCCCCAUCAUCAUCUACUCAACAAUUUCACCUGUUUAUAUUCAAAAGCUGGAGAAGAAUCUCGCAGAGAGUCUCGGGACAGCCUAUAUAGUUGAUAUAUAUGUUUCUAAGGCAGUGUCAGAUGCUAUGAAUGGAAAGACCAUGAUAAUCUCUUCUGGAAGAUCAGAUGCUAUUGCUAAGGCGCAACCAAUACUAAAUGCUAUGUGUGACAGGCUUCACAUCUUUGAGGGUGAACUUGGAGCUGGAAGCAAAGUUAAAUUGGUAAAUGAGCUGCUAGAGGGCAUUCAUUUUGUUGCUUCUGUGGAGGCCAUCUCUCUUGGUGCCCAAGCUGGGAUUCAUCCGUGGAUACUCUAUGACAUCAUUUCUAAUGCUGCGGGAAAUUCAUGGGUUUUUAAGAACCAUAUUCCCAAAUUAUUGCGGGGAAAUCAGACCAAAAACCAUUUCCUGAAUACAUUUCUACAAAACUUGGGGAUUGUUUUAGAUAUGGCCAAAUCACUUACAUUCCCUCUUCCCCUGUUGGCUGUUGCUUAUCAACAACUCCUCGCAGGCGCAUCACAGAGUCGGGGUGUUGAUGAUGAUUCUACAUUGAUCAAGGUAUGGGAAAAAGUUUUAGGUGUGAACAUCACAGAUGCUGCAAAUGCAGAAAAAUACAAACCUGAGGAACUGGCAAAUCAGAUUGUUUUGAAAUCAAAAACUGUAAGCCGAGUUGGUUUUAUUGGUCUUGGAGCAAUGGGCUUUGGCAUGGCAUCUCACCUGAUCAAGUCAAAUUUCGUUGUUACUGGUUAUGAUGUAUAUAAGCCAACACUAUCUCGGUUUGAAAAUUUAGGUGGCCUGAUUGGAUCCUCUCCAGCAGAAGUAUCAAAAGAAGCAGAGAUACUUGUAAUCAUGGUCACGAAUGAAGCUCAGGCGGAAAGUGCUCUAUAUGGUGAUCUUGGUGCUGUGUCAGUCCUUCCCCCUGGAGCGUCGAUCAUUCUUUCGUCCACUGUUUCUCCAGCUUUUAUCAGCCAGCUGGAGCGGCGCUUAAAAAACGAAAACAAGAAUCUAAAACUGAUUGAUGCUCCUGUAUCUGGCGGUGUUAAGCGGGCCUCAGAUGGCACUCUUACAAUAAUGGCAUCAGGUACUGAUGAAGCUCUUGAGCAUGCUGGAUCGAUUCUUUCAGCAUUGAGUGAGAAGCUAUACGUUCUAAGGGGCGGUUGUGGUGCUGGAAGUGGUGUAAAGAUGGUUAACCAAUUACUUGCUGGAGUUCAUAUUGCAUCAGCAGCUGAAGCAAUGGCAUUUGGGGCUCGACUGGGUUUAAAUUCAAAAUUACUGUUUGAUGUACUUACACAUUGCGUGGGAACAUCUUGGAUGUUUGAGAAUCGUGUUCCGCACAUGGUGAACAAUGAUUAUACGCCAUUAUCUGCACUCGAUAUCUUUGUAAAGGAUUUGGGGAUUGUUACCCGUGAAUGUUCAUCUCGCAGGGUUCCACUUCAUAUAGCUACCGUAGCACACCAAUUGUUCUUGUCAGGUUCUGCUGCAGGGUGGGGUCGUAUAGAUGAUUCAGCUGUUGUUAAGGUGUAUGAGGCACUCACAGGUGUCAAGGUUGAAGGGAAACUUGCGGCUCUUAACAAAGAAUCACUCUUAAAAUCUCUUCCAUCUGAGUGGCCAUUUGAUCUAACCGAUGACAUAUGUAGACUUGAGAAGCUUAAUUCCAAAACUUUGGUGGUUCUGGAUGAUGAUCCAACUGGAACUCAGACUGUUCACGACAUUGAUGUAUUGACAGAGUGGAACAUUGAAUCACUUGUUGAGCAGUUUAGAACAAAGCCAAGUUGUUUUUUUAUUUUAACCAACUCCCGUGCAUUGAGUUCCGAAAAGGCUACUGCACUUAUUACAAGUAUAUGCAGAAAUCUACAAUCUGCAGCCAAUUUGGUUGAGCACACUGAGUAUACAGUGGUACUAAGGGGUGAUUCAACAUUAAGAGGUCAUUUCCCAGAGGAGGCAGAUGCAGCUGUUUCAGUACUCGGUGAGAUGGAUGCAUGGAUCAUUUGUCCUUUUUUUCUUCAGGGAGGCCGAUAUACCAUAAAUGAUAUACAUUAUGUUGCAGAAGAUAUGCGGCUUGUUCCUGCUGGGGACACAGAAUUUGCAAAAGAUGCUGCUUUUGGGUACAAGUGUUCAAACCUCCGUGAGUGGGUGGAGGAGAAAACUGGGGGUCGAAUACUAGCUAGCAGUGUUGUGUCUAUCUCUAUCGAACUUUUAAGAAAAGGUGGUCCUGAUGCUGUUUUUGAGCAUCUUUGCAGUUUGCCAAAGGGUUCGGUAUGCAUAGUUAAUGCAGCUAGUGAAAGAGACGUGGCUGUGUUUGCAGCAGGAAUGAUCCAGGCAGAGCAGAAAGGAAAACGGUUCUUAUGUCGAACUGCGGCUAGCUUUGUAUCUGCUCGUGUUGGAAUUAUUCCAAAGGCUCCGAUUACACCUGUCGAUCUUGGAAUAGAUAAAGAAAGUAGUGGUGGUCUUAUAAUUGUGGGUUCGUAUGUACCAAAGACAACAAAGCAGGUUGAAGAACUUAAAAUACACUGCAGCAGUACAAUUAGUAGCAUUGAGAUUUCUGUUGAUAAACUUGCCAUGAAAUCAUUAGAAGAAAGGGAGGAGGAAAUCCAUAGAGCAGCUGAAUUAGCAGACAUUUUUCUUGGGGCUUGUAAGGAUACUCUAAUAAUGACCAGUCGCGAGCUUAUAACAGGGAAAACUCCUUCAGAGAGUUUGGAUAUAAAUUUUAAGGUGAGUUCUGCACUUGUGGAGAUAGUUAGGAAGAUAACUACAAGGCCCCGUUAUAUUCUUGCAAAGGGUGGAAUCACCUCAUCGGACAUUGCUACAAAAGCUCUAGAAGCAAAACGUGCUAAAAUAGUUGGACAAGCUUUGGCUGGUGUACCCUUGUGGCAACUAGGCACAGAGAGUAGACAUCCAGGAGUACCAUAUAUUGUUUUUCCUGGAAAUGUUGGUGAUAAUAAGGCGCUGGCUGAUGUUGUAAAAUCUUGGGCUCGUCCAAUCCGAUCAUCAACAAAGCAGCUGCUUCUUAAUGCAGAAAAAGGCAAAUACGCUAUUGGGGCAUUCAAUGUUUAUAAUUUGGAAGGAAUUGAGGCCGUUGUUGCUGCAGCAGAGGAGUUGAGAAGCCCUGCAAUUUUACAGAUCCAUCCAAGUGCCUUGAAGCAAGGGGGAAUCCCAUUGGUUGCGUGUUGCAUUUCUGCUGCAAAACAAGCUAGGGUCCCAAUUACAGUUCAUUUUGAUCAUGGAAAUUCCAAAAAAGAGUUGGUGGAAGUUCUGCAGUUGGACCUUGAUUCAGUCAUGGUUGAUGGAUCAGAACUUAAUUUCACAGAGAAUAUCACAUACACAAAAUUCGUUACAAACCUGGCACAUGCUAAAGGUAUUCUGGUGGAAGCUGAACUAGGAAGGUUGUCCGGAACAGAAGAUGAAUUAACAGUAGAAGACUAUGAAGCAAAGCUAACUGAUAUUGGGCAGGCUCAAGAAUUCAUUGAUGAGACUGGCAUUGAUGCUUUGGCAGUUUGUAUUGGAAAUGUUCAUGGAAAAUACCCUGCAAGUGGCCCUAAGCUCCGACUUGAUUUGCUCAAGGAUCUACACGACUUAUGCUCAAAGAACGGAGUUUGUCUUGUACUUCAUGGAGCCUCUGGAUUGCCAGAAGAACUUGUCAAGGAAUGUAUCAAGCAUGGCGUAAGGAAGUUUAAUGUGAACACGGAGGUUCGGAAGGCUUACAUGGACUCGCUUAGCAAUCCCAGGAAAGAUCUUGUUCAUGUCAUGGCAUCUGCAAAGGAAGCCAUGAAAGUUGUAAUUGCUGAGAAAAUGCAUCUCUUUGGGUCAGCUGGGAAAGCAUGAUAAUUCUAUUGUUAGAUGUUGGAGCUACUUUUUUGGUUGGGAGGACUUCAAGUGACCCUGAAGUAAAAAUUUGGAAGUGGAGUGGUUGCUGGUUUGGUUUGCAUUUACAAAUUAGAUAAGACUUAAUAUGAUUAAUAAAUAGUUUAAAAUGAUGGAUUAUUCUAACUCCUCUGUAUGCAGAUCUUCAUAGCAUAAGAAAAGAAACUGUUACUAUAAUAAACGAAUGCCUUUUACUCCAUGUGUUAUAUUCGCUGAAUUAUCUACUUUUUGUUGUAGGGAUUGAUAAAAAUUCUACAUUCUUAUCAGAUAAUGAUAUUGGUAAAAUUCAUGGAUUC